UCGAGAAACUUCCAGUGAGUAUUCAACAUCAACGCUGUGCUCAGCCCUCGUCGGCGACUCUUUUUCCCUCGCCCCGUACUCAGCGGCUGAAGCUACUCUUUCUGAUUUCCGUUGCGUUGCUCCCUCUCAUCCUUAUCGCCGUCGCUUCUCAGCCUCAGUCAUUUAGCAGAAUCAUUUUCGAUGGAAGUCGAUUCAGAAUCAAAUGGUAAAGCAUCAAAGGAAGCUCCAUCAUCCAUGGAGACAGAAUCCGCAAGUUCAUCUGGAAUCCAAUCAACCGGUGAAGGAAAAGAUGAUAUCUCCAAAUCCAUGGAGAACCUGCAAAUAGACAAAUCCUCUUCUGGGAGCUCACAUUUCAAGAAGAAGCCAGUUAUCAUCAUUGUUGUAGGAAUGGCAGGAAGUGGGAAAACAACAUUUCUUCAUCGAACUGUUUGUCAUACCCAAGCAACUAACACAAGGGGUUAUGUACUGAAUCUUGAUCCUGCUGUUAUGACUCUCCCUUUUGGCGCCAAUAUUGACAUAAGAGACACUGUUCGUUACAAAGAAGUCAUGAAGCAAUUCAAUCUUGGCCCCAAUGGAGGAAUAUUGACUUCUCUCAACUUAUUCGCCACAAAAUUUGAUGAUGUUAUACAAAUGAUUGAAAGGAGAGCAGAUGAGCUUGAUUAUGUUCUUGUGGAUACACCUGGUCAAAUUGAGAUCUUCACAUGGUCAGCUUCUGGAGCGAUUAUUACAGAAGCAUUUGCUUCAACUUUUCCAACUGUGAUUGCAUAUGUUGUGGAUACCCCUCGUGCAGAGAGCCCAAAUACUUUCAUGAGCAACAUGCUUUAUGCUUGUAGCAUUCUUUAUAAGACGAGAUUACCCUUGGUUUUGGUGUUCAACAAAAUCGAUGUUGCCCACCAUCAGUUUGCUGUUGAGUGGAUGGAAGAUUUUGAGGUGUUCCAUGCUGCAUUGGAUUCUGAUCACUCUUAUCCAUCAACUUUAACAAGAAGUCUUUCUCUUGCACUUGAGGAGUUUUAUAAAAACUUAAAAGCUGUUGGAGUUUCAGCUGUAACUGGUGCUGGAAUGGAUGCCUUUUUCAAAGCUAUUCAAUCAAGUGCUGAUGAAUACAUGGAAACUUACAAAGCUGAUCUUGACAAAAGGAAGGUGGAGAAGGAGAGAUUGGAGGAGGAAAGGAGGAAAGAAAACAUGGAGAAACUGAGGAAGGAUAUGGAGAAAUCAGGGGGUGCAAAAGUUGUGUUGAGUACUGGUUUAAAAGGUGAUACAAGCACAAAAAUGGAGGAAGAAGAUGAUGAAGAAGAUGAAGAUGAAGAAAUUGAAAUGUUUAGUGAUGAGGAUGAUGAGGAUGGUGGGAUAGAUGAUGAUGAUGAAGAGAUUGCCAGUUUUAAUCUCUGAAUGUGAUGAUAUAAUCAUUUUUAUGAAUGUAAAUGAACCUAAUUGUGACUCUGAUAAAGUAACGAUUUUGGGGUGGUUUUGUUGAUGAUGAUGACUUUUGGGCUAAGUUUUGAAAUCAUAUAUGCAUUUAUAUUCUAUAUUUAUGUUAUAACCCUUCAAACAAAAUAUCACAUUC